AUGGUGUUCUCGAGCCCGGCGUGGGUGCCAGAUAUCCCAUGGCUGAUCCCAGACUCGAUUCCCCUAGGCCAGUUCAGUCUCGCAGGGGUGAACGACGGCUCUGACAAAGGUGAUUCCGAUGUAUUGCUGGUCGACGGCCUUUCAGGCAAGUCAUAUUCUCGAGCGGACUUGCACCAGAGAGUCGAGUGUGUGGCCGGGGGCCUGGCCAAGGAGUUCGGGUGGUCCCCUGAUGAGGGUUCGCCUUGGGACAAGGUGGUGGCCAUUUACAGCCUCAACACGAUUGACCUCUUUGCACUCAGUUGGGCCAUCCACCGUCUCAAUGGCAUCUGCUUGUUGCUUCAACCAACCAGUUCCGUGAAUGAGAUAGUGACACACAUGAGGUCGGCCAAGUGCGGAGCCAUCUUCACCUGCCAAACGCUCAUAUCCGCAUCGGUUGAGGCUGCGAAUUGCUUGUCCAUCCCCCAGACGAAGAUAUUCACACUCCCAUUGCCGGAUGGAUUUCUUAGAAACCCCGAGCCUACCGGCAACUUCAAGAGCCUGGAGGACCUGGCUGCCAUAGGUGCCCAGACGGGGCCACCUCCGCCGUUGGUUUGGGAGAAGGGUCAAGCCAAGGACCAGGUGGCAUAUUUGUGCGCGACAAGCGGUACUUCGGGGCGACAGCUGAUGCUGCAGUCAGUUCAGCGGUACCGCAUCGAAAGGCUCUGUCUGGUACGAUUGACCGAGAGUGUCUUCACCGCAACCUUGACCGGUGCGCACGAUACAUGGGCUGGUUCAUCGGGCUCUCUCGUGCCCUUGACGAAAGCUCGCCUCGUCGGCCCUGACGGGAAAGAAAUUGAGUCACUCAACGAAGCGGGAGAGAUUUUUCUCUCGUCCCCCAACCUCUUCAAGGGAUAUCUUGGUAACGAAGAGGCGACUAAGGAGUCCUUCGACGAGAGCGGCUGGUUGCGGACUGGCGACAUUGGCAUGUUCAAGAAGAGCCCCAAUGGUGCCGAGCACCUUUUUAUCCUGGAUCGGAUUAAGGAGAUGAUUAAGGUCAAGGGGCUUCAAGUGGCUCCCAUCGAGAUCGAGCUCGUGUUGCGGGAGCACCCGGCCGUUGCUGACGUGGCCGUGAUUGGCGUGCGCGACGAAAGCGCUGGGGAGCGGGCCAAAGCCUUCGUGGUACGCUCGCAGUCGGGGAAAGACGACUACGACGAAGACGAUCUCAUGGACAUGCUUGACGAUUACGUGCAGGAGCGGUUGGACGAGACUCACUGGUUGCAUGACCGUAUUGUGUUUGUGGAAGCACUCCCCAAAAGCGCGAGUGGCAAGGUGCUAAAAAGGGAGCUAAGGGCUCUACCCCUUGUGGCUGCAGUGUGA